CCCUCUACCCAGCCGGCCCCGCCCACACGGGGCGGGACCGCCUACGUCACUUCCGUCCAGGCCGGAACCCAAGAUGGCUGCGCUCUUGCUGAGACAUGUUGGCCGUCAUUGCCUCCGAGCCCGCCUUAGUCCUCAACUUCAUAUGAGAAAUGCCGUUCCUUUAGGAACCACAGCCAAAGAAGAGAUGGAGCAAUUCUGGAAUAAGAACACAGGUUCAAACCGUCCUUUAUCUCCCCAUAUCACUAUUUACAGAUGGUCUCUUCCCAUGGCGAUGUCCAUCUGCCACCGUGGCACUGGUAUGGCCUUGAGUGCAGGGGUCUCUCUUUUUGGCUUGUCGGCUCUGGUGCUCCCUGGGAACUUUGAGUCUUAUUUGGAACUCGUGAAGUCCUUGUAUCUGGGCCCAGCACUGAUCUACACAGCUAAAUUUGCACUCGUCUUCCCUCUCAUGUACCACACUUGGAAUGGGAUUCGGCACUUGAUGUGGGACCUAGGAAAAGGCCUGAAGAUUCCUCAGCUGUACCAGUCUGGAGUGGUCGUCUUGGUUCUUACUGUGUUAUCCUCUGUGGGGCUGGCAGCCAUGUGAAGAGCUGAAGUUCCCAGCAUCAUCUGUCUGCAAAUUAUUGCAUUGACCCACCUUCCUGUUUGUCAUGCUCCUCUCCAGCCAGGGCAGAAUUCUCUUGAUUGUCUAGAUCCUUUUAGGCUUGCAGUCCCCCUGGAGCUCAGUAGGUAUAGAGUACCCUGCAGAACUGCCAUAAUAGAAGAGGAUCCAAAUUUCCCCUUGUUUCUAAAGAUGAGGUGGCUGCAAAAAAACCUCCCUUUUCCUGCCCACAGCUUGCAGCCUACUCUGGGCUUGGGAGCCCUUAUUCUCUCUCCAUAUUGGGCCUUGAUUUGUGCUGAGAGUCAGCUUUUGGCUCCUUCCUGAGACAGUGGAAACAAUGCCAGCUCUGUGGCCUCUGCCCUGGGGACUGGGGGUGAGGAUCUGGGUGCCACUGCCUGUGGGUUGCUGACUUAAAGGACAGUUCUGUUCAUUGGUCAGUGCCCAGGGCCUUUAGCACCCACACAGUGUGACUGUAAAAGGAGAGUUGGGGGUGGAGGGAAUUAGCCUGUUCCAGCUAGAGGGAGAUAAAGAGGGUGAGUCAGUUCUUGGAGCAGGUGCUUUGGUGAGGAGCUAUCUAGCUUUUGACACAAGAGGAAGAUCCAGAAAAUAAUCAUUGAAUAUGUGAAGUGUUAUUUUUCCUGCAUUUCUGGGAAAACAAAUCUUAAUGUCUUGUUUUCUAAUCCAAGUUCAUGUACCAUUUCUGAAACUGAAUUAAAAUACUCAUUUUA